AUGGAUAUAACUACUAUCGGAGCGCUUGUGGCUGAGCGUCAGGCCAACGACUUCAUGGCUUUCCAUGAUGACAUAACUGCCUGGCAGAACACGAGAAACCAGUACAGAAUCUCCGGAAAAGAGGUUCCUCCGGCAAUCGCAGCCGUCACAAGCUGGAUCGAAGCCCAACUUGAGAAAGCAGUCGGGGCCAUAUACGACGGCGUAUUGGAAACAGCGCACGUCUAUUGUAACCGGAUACGGUACGGAAUGAGGGCCUUCGAACAGUUCACGCGCGAGGAGGCACUGUAUGGCGGCCUCAUCAUGGAGCUCAGGCAGAUCUUGAGAGACCAUGACCUGAUGAAGGACCUCCACUGUAGCGCCAAACGCCUGCCAGAACUAUGCGUCAAAUACGACAUGAAGGUAAUUACGCCACGGGAGAUUGAGGACGCACAAGAUCAAUAG